GCAUGCUUGUGAACCAGCUGAGAGAAAUCACAGGGAUUCAGGAUCCUUUAGUUCUCCAUGAAACCCUGAAGGCUGCGGAUGGGGACUUGAUGGAGGCCGUCGAGAUUCUCACUGAGGGCCAGCCGAAAGAGUCAGUCCAAGAACCCUCCGACUGUGCUACAGAACCAUCCGACUGUGAAGGGAGUGUUGUUGGCAGACAGCAGACAACGAGUACAAUUGAUUCAGUACCCCAUAACCAGGCUGAUCUGCAGAAGUGCAGGCCAUCGAGAACCCAGAAGUUUCCAGAUAUUUCCACCUUCCUAGAGGAUCUAAAUGCAACAGUGAAUGGAGUUAAUGAGUCAGGUGUGGCAGAAAGUAAAAAUCGUCCCAAAAGAAAACGGUGUGAAGUCUGGGGGGAGAGCCUCAGCCAGAAUGGGUGGAGGAGAACAGGCGACUGGCCCGUGGGAAUGAAGAACAUCGGAAACACUUGCUGGUUCAGUGCAGUCAUACAGUCUCUUUUCCACUUGCCAGAAUUCCGACAUCUGGUCCUCGGCUACUCCCUUCCAGACAGCGUCCUUGAAAAAUGUCAAAGCCGCAGUAAGAAGAGGAACAUCGCAUUCAUGCAGGAGCUUCAGUUUCUCUUUGCCUUAAUGCUAGGAGCAGUCCGUAAAUUUGUAGACCCAACGGCCGCGCUGGAACUUCUAAGGGGUGCAUUCAGAUCUCCUGAUGAGCAGCAGCAAGAUGUGAGCGAGUUCACACACAAACUCCUGGACUGGCUGGAGGAUGCUUUCCAGUUGGCCGUGAACGUCAAUAGCCCUCAGGACAAGUCCGAAAACCCAAUGGUUCAACUUUUUUAUGGGACUUUUUUAACGGAGGGGAUUCAUGAAGGCAAGACCUUUUCCAAAAUCGAGACCUUUGGCCAGUAUCCCCUGCAGGUAAACGGUUAUAAGAACUUGAACGAGUGUUUGGAAGGAGCCAUGGUAGAGGGGGAGACCGAAGCGCCACCUUCUGAUCGAUCAGUGAAAUAUGGGCAAGAGCGCUGGUUCACAAAGCUCCCUCCGGUGCUGACCUUUGAGCUUUCCCGGUUUGAGUUCAAUCAGUCACUUGGACAGCCGGAGAAGAUUCACAGCAAGUUAGAGUUCUCACAAGUAAUUUAUAUGGACAGGUUCCUGUAUAGCAACAAAGAACUUAUUCAAGCCAGAAGGGAAGAAAUCAGGAAACUGAAGGGUCAGAUAGCACUUCUGCAGCAGAAACUGGAAAGAUACAUGAAAUACGGAUCUGGCGAAGACCGCUUCCCCUUGCGGGACAUGCUGCUAUAUGUUCUUGAAUUUGCAAGUACAAAGCCAACACCAGCAGAACUCCAGGUCAAAGGCCACACUCCCAUGCAUAGCAGGGGGGUAGUGACGCAAACAACCGAGAAUGGAGAAGAUGCUGUAGACGUCUCUUACCCAGAACUAGUGGAUAGACCUUUCCAGUUCCCCUGGGACCCUGUGGAGAUUCCAGAGCACCCAGCUCCCCGCGUGGUCACGGAGGAUGAGAUCAGUCUUGUUAUGACCUGCCUGCAGCGGUGGAGGAAGGAGGUUGAGCAAGACAUACAAGGCCUGCGGAACUCCAUUGCCCUGCUCGCGGAGACCAUUGAGCUGAUGUACGCCGAUCCAUUCCUCGAUCAGGUCCCUUAUCAUUUGCACGCCGUCCUCGUCCACGAAGGCCAGGCCAACGCUGGCCACUACUGGGCCUACGUCUACAACCCGCCCCGGAAGAGCUGGCUGAAGUACAACGACAUCUCUGUGACAGAGGCCUCCUGGGAAGAGCUGGAGAGGGACUCGUUUGGAGGCCUGAAGAACGCCAGCGCCUACUGCCUGAUGUACAUCAAUGGACCGCUCUUCCGCUCUGCCGCAGCAGAAGAGGACGACAGCGGGCACUUCCAGAGGGAAGUGGAAGUUCUGAGUGCAGAACUGCAGCGCUACAUUCAAGAGAACAACUGGCGGGUCGAGCAGGAGAUGGCGGAAUGGGAGGAGGAGCAGUCCUGCAAGAUGGCGCAGAUAGAGGAGUCGGAGUCCUCCGUCGAUUCUCAGUAUCUCUCUACAGACUCUGGGCAGGAAGCACCCUCACCCUCUGAACAGGAGGCGCGCGCUCUCUCUUCCGAGCACGCCAUGAUCUCCAAGGACCAGACGGCUCGAGCCAUCGCCAACACAGCCGACGCCUAUGAGAAGAACGGCGUGGAGGCAGCUCUCGUGAAGUCCAAGGGGGCGGAGCCAGCAAAGGGAUUCCUGGAAGAAGCCGGCCUCACCGCUCUGGCCGAGGGGCAGCGGGAGACCGUGGGGGUGGCCCCUGCUGCUCCUGCCCCUCCCGCCCCGCCCAGCUCUCAGGUCUCUGAAGUGGAGAUCCCCAGUGUGGGCAGGAUUCUCGUGAGGUCGGACGCGGACGGUUAUAACGAGGAGGUGAUGCUUAGUCCCGCCAUGCAGGGUGUGAUCCUGGCCAUAGCUAAAGCCCGCCAGACCUUUGACCGGGACGGGUCUGAAGCAGGGCUAGUUAAGGCCUUCCAUGAGGAAUACUCCCGGCUGUAUCAGCUCUCCAGAGAGACCCCCACCCCUCAGAAUGAUCCCCGGCUUCAGCACGUUCUAGUUUACCUUCUGCAGAACGAUGCUCCUCAGCGGGUGGUGGAGCGGACUCUUCUGGAGCAGUUCGCAGACAAAAACCUCAGCUUCGACGAAAGAUCGAUCAGCAUCAUGAAAGUGGCACGAGCCAAGCUGAAGGACAUUGGUCCCAACGACAUCGACAUGGACGAAUUCCGGAAAUGGCACGAAGACUACAGUUUGUAUCGCAAGGUGUCUGUAUACCUGCUGACGGGUUUGGAGCUGUACCAGAAUGAAAAGUACUGUGAGGCCCUGACCUACCUAGUCUAUGCUUAUCAGAGCAACAUGCCCCUGCUGAGACCCAACAGAGGUGUGGAUGAAGCUUUGAUUGCUCUCUACAGAAGGAAGUGCCUCCUGAAGUUGAACGAUGCUGCGGCGACACUUUUUGAAAGCCAUAGCGAAGUGCGUGUGGCCGAAGGCAUAAACCACUUGAAUGAGUUGAUCAUACCCUGCAUGCACCUCAUCGUCAGCAGCGACAUCUCCAAAGCUGACCUGGAUGCCAUUGAGGUCAUGAGGAGUCGUUGGUGUUCUUACCUGGGGAAAGACAUGGAUGAGGACUUGCAGUUGAAGUUGGGCGAACUGCUGCCCCGUCUGCUGGACUGCUCCGCAGAGGGAGUCGUGUUGAAAGAGCCCCCCAAGAUCCGCCCCAACUCGCCCUACGACCUCUGCAGCCGAUUUGCAGCCGUGAUGGAGUCGAUCCACCGGGCCUCCACUGUGAGGGUCAGCUAAAUUUGCAGACUUGACUGUACGGAGCGCCGGAGGCACGUGAAGUUCAGCUACGGCCCAUCUUCAAGGUUAUGCAGGGAGGGAAGAGCCGACACCGAUCUGGGCAACUCACAUCUGAAUGGAACUGAUAAUACGCCCAGAAAGGGGCUGAAAAGACCAGGGUGCUUUUUCCUUUAAAUAUGCACCAAGUGAGGGCAUGCACUGAUGUUCCACAGCACGUGUUUGCCUAGAACAGUGUUUGCCUUUUUUUAUUCUUACAAGAACACACAGGUGCUGUGCAAAUUUUAAAUGAAAUACUGUUCAGAUUUUAUUUCAUUUCAUUUGUGCACAAUGCACAUCAUCAGUAAAAUACUUACUCCCCUGUAAGCAUUCCACACACAAUCCACCACAUUUCAGUGAACCUGGCACAUGCACCGGUUGGUUUCGCAUGCACCGUUCACACAUUAACCCGGUGCCUGACUGGAGCACUUGACAGGUGGCGUGCAAACACUGCCUGCAGGUGAGCCGGUGCAUGUGGCGUGCGCAUUGUCAGGGAGAUGGGGUGCAUGUGGAAUGUGGGUAAGAGUUCUACUCACGACUUGCCUUGCAUACAUGUUGAUGCUCAGUGACGCCAGAACAGGACUUGGGUCUGCAAAAGUCAUGGGGGGGGGGGAUGUUCGCUAACAUCUCUCUUUUUAAGAGGGAGUUCAAACGCUGUCAGCUUUAGCUGGAAGCACAGCCUGUGUUUCGUGUGACAGAACUUAAGCGGCACAGGGAUGGAACCAGCUGCCUGUGUGGUGAGUGAUGCAGGCGUUCAGGCAAGCCAGUGUGUGUCUCAAGACUCUCAACCAGGUGCAGCCAGCCAAACACGGUGGUUGGUUGCUGUUGCCCCAGGGGAAUCAGCGACGGAGCCAAGAUUGUGCACUGGCAAAAGCAUUGAAGUCAUUCCAGUGCAGAGGGCUGAGGUGGGAAGCCACCGCUCAAAAGAAAAUGGUCUUUUCCCCUGACAUCCCACAAUAUUUCCAUCAGUGCCAGUCACAGCAUUUAAUGACCAGGGUAGAAUCUGAGGCGCAUGGUAUGUUGAAGUCCAAGAUUAACCCCCCCCCCCUUUUUUAACAAUAUGCACAUUCUGAAGAAAAGCAUCUGCCAGUCUGUUUUUAAAUGGCCUUCGUUUUAUUGGAAUACUGACAAAUCAGGUUGUAAAUGGAAGCCUUUGUAUUUGACAAGCCUUUUCAGUAAAUAAAAUGCAAUAAAUAUUUUG